AUGGUUCGUUAUGCUAUUUUGAAAAGACCGCUGCUCAAACGACGCAUUCGUUUCGUGUUCAUGCUUCAUCUGUCCCUCUGGGUCCUGAUGUUUGUCCGUCUACUCCCAGAGUUGUGCCUGCGAUUCGGUCUGAAAACGAGACUUCUUGUCGAGAAGUGGCCAUUUCCCCAAUCCAAUCUUUGGGAGUACGUCUGGUGUUUCGGUAGCCUUCUACCCACCGUGUUCGGUUAUUUAUCCUUGAAUCGAAAUCGCACUGGACUGAUGCGCAUCUCGAUCACCGGGACCAUCGUGUUCGGUUUGGGUUCGGUCAUUAUUGGCGGAUUUCAGCACGCCUACGAACUGCUGCAAUAUUACGAGACACGAAAACCACGCCAUCUGUUCUAUGGCUUCCCGUUGAUCGUACUCCUGUAUAUUUUCUUCUCCUUAUGCAUUCAGAUUCAUGGGUUUAGCGUUUACUUUGGCUAUAAACUAUAUUGUCUCUGGUCCGCUCACACUCGAAAAGUGCGGUAA